UGAGAUGGCAUUCUCCAUAUUCAAACUUCUUCUUUAAUCAUUUCUUCUCUGCACCUUCUUGCAUGACCCUGCCAAUGCCCUUAGAAAGACCUACAUUGUGUACAUGGGAGGACAUUCCCAUGGUCCAGACCCUUCGCCGAGUGAUCUUGAAACAGCCACAAAUUCUCAUCAUGAUUUAUUGGCUUCUGUCCUAGGAAGUCACGAGAUGGCGAAGGAAGCAAUUAUGUACUCCUACAAUAAGCACAUCAAUGGUUUUGCUGCCAUGCUUGAAGAGGAAGAAGCAUCAGAGAUUGCACAAAACCCAAAUGUAGUUUCUGUUUUUUUGAGCAAAGAGCACAAAUUGUUCACUACGAGGUCAUGGGAUUUUCUUGGACUGGAAAAAAAUGGAAUAAUUCCUGCAAACUCCGCUUGGAGGAAAGCAAGAUUCGGAGCAAAUACAAUCAUUGCCAAUAUCGAUACGGGCGUUUGGCCGGAGCACCCGAGUUUCAGCGACAAAGGGUAUGGGCCAAUCCCAUCAAAGUGGCGAGGGAAAGGCGUGUGUGAGAUAGACGGUUAUAAUGGUACAAAUACAAACAAAUACUUGUGUAACAGGAAGCUGAUAGGAGCAAGAGUGUUCUACAAAAACUACGAGGUGCAAGUGGAGAAGGUGGAGAGAGGGCAACGGAGCGCACGUGACUACAUAGGGCAUGGUAGCCACACACUGUCAACUGCGGGGGGUAAUUUUGUGCGUGGUGCGCACGUGGAAGGUAACGGAAGAGGCACCGCUAAGGGAGGCUCCCCGAGAGCUCGCGUCGUGGCCUACAAAGCAUGCUGGCAAAAAUUCGAUGCAGGAGGUUGCCAAGAUGCAGACUUGCUGCAAGCAUUUGAUCACGCCAUUCACGACGGCGUUGACAUCAUCUCCGUCUCUCUGGGUUCUGCUCAGCCCUAUCCCGAAGCUUUGUUCACCAACGGGGUUUCCAUCGGCUCAUUCCAUGCCGUUGCCCGUAACAUUCUCGUUGUAUGCUCUGCCGGAAACCAAGGCCCUGCAUCCAUGAGUGUCACCAAUGUCGCACCCUGGGCCUUCACCGUUGCUGCCAGCACCAUGGAUAGAGAUUUUCUCUCCAACAUUUCUUUUUCCAACAAUCAAUCCAUUGCGGGUGCCAGUGUUAAUCGAGGCUUGCUGCCAUUCUCCCCAUCCAACAAGUUCUAUGCCACCAUUAAUUCUGUCACCGCUAAGCUACCUCAUGCGUCCGAUGAUGAUGCUCGCUUAUGCAAACCGGGAACACUUGAUCCUAAAAAAGUAAAGGGUAAACUACUGGUCUGCCUUCGAGGUGAUAAAUUAAGUUCAGCUAAGGAGACCGCAGAAGGGAAACGUGCGGGCGCCGUGUCAGUUUUGGUGGCAAAUGAUAAGGACAGUGGACAUUUAAUUCUGCCCCAGGAUAAUAUCAUACAUUCUGUAAGUAUCACGGGUACCAAAAGUAAGCAUGGCGACACGAGUACAAGCAACCCUAAUAGCAAGACUCAUAGCAUUGAUUUAACCAAGGAAAUGUUCGCUUACGUGGGUGAUGCGAAAACAUAUAUAGGAGUAAAGCCAGCUCCAAUCAUUGCUGGAUUCUCAUCCAGGGGUCCCAGUGCCGUGCAACCAUUGAUACUAAAGCCUGACAUAACUGCUCCUGGUGUGAGCGUAAUUGCUGCUUUUUCACAAGCCGCGGGUCCGUCUAAUCUUGAAUCAGAUACACGUCGGGUUCUAUUCAAUUUGCAGCAGGGAACUUCCAUGUCUUGCCCUCAUGUCGCUGGCAUUGCGGCUCUUGUCAAAACAUAUCAUCCUGAUUGGACUCCUGCAGCUAUCAAAUCUGCUAUUAUGACUACAGCUACAAUACUAGAUAACACGAAUCGACGCAUUCGGAACGCAUUUGAUAAGGAGGCAACUCCAUUCGAAUACGGCGCCGGACACGUUCGGCCUGACCUUGCUAUGCACCCUGGACUCGUUUAUGAUUUAAACACAAAGGAUUACUUGAACUUCUUAUGUGCUUCAAAUUACGACCAAGAUUUACUCAAGUAUUUUUCAAGUUCGAAUGUCCCCUACACUUGUCCAAAGUCUUACAGAAUUCAAGAUUUCAACUAUCCUUCAAUUACCGUGCAUCAUCCUGGGUCAAGGCCUGUAGUUGUUACUCGUACUGUUACCAACGUUGGGCCUCCAAGCACAUAUGUUGUGAAUACUCACUGGCCAAAGGGGAUCAAGGUUUUUGUUCAACCAAGUUCGCUGACUUUUAAGAAAACUGGAGAAAAGAAAAAGUUUCAGGUUAUUCUAAAGCCAAUGGGUGUGGCCGCUGGGCAUCCUUUAUUUGGGAAUUUGUCUUGGACAGAUGGCAAUCACACAGUAACCAGUCCUAUCGUCGUGCUGGACCAGGAAACUUAGAAGUUACUCUGUCUCAUUAUAUUAUAUGUUAUCUUUGUCAUAUGAGUGUGUUUGCGUUUGCUGUAAUAUUAGUGUGAUUUCUGCUCCUGUUGCAUUCAACUUUAUAUUGUCAUAAAAUAAGGUAUGUUUAGAGUGUUGAGGUAUUCAACUUUGUUCCAUUGAGCUAUGUUUGUAAAAGCCACAAUCACGUAUGGAACCUGUAUCUUUCAUGGUCCAAGACAUGGUUGAAA